AUCUGAUUUGACUAGCAUGAAAUGGUACCUCAUUUUGUCACAACAAAGAGGCAGUAACGACGGAUAAAAAUUGAAAAUCGAAAUAAAAUUAUGUAUGACGACUGAUAAGGUUUGUGUGUUGCCAUUUUCGUGGAUAGCUAUGUUCUGCAAGCUGUAUAUGAAGUGAAAUUAGAAUUGGCCAUGUACAAACAAUAGGGCAAGUUAACGAAUAUCUAAUAACAGGGGGCCAUCCGCCGAUGAUUAUAUGAGACCUAUUGUGAAAUUUUGCUCAAUGACAAUUACUCGAGAAUCACCGUCAACAAUGGCAUCCUAGAGUUGAUAAUCAUCUCGUGAAACCAUUGGUAUUGCAACACAGGGAUCAACAGUACAAAGAUAUUGUGGGCGUGUUAAGUUAAGAGGAUAGUGCCAGCGGAGUCGCGCGUGACAGACACAUCCCAAGCCUGGAAAAUAGCAUAAUCAAAAAAAUUUCCCCUCAAUCUAACUAUCAAUGAGUGAGAUCCACGCGCGUGUACUAUUAAACGAAAUGCCAUGUAUGAUAAUUAUAACGGUUUUACUUUAUUUAUUAUAAUUUAUGUUCAUGCCUUAAAAUAAAAAAAAAACAACUUAAUUUUUCCCAAAUAAAAGCAUGAUGGUACUAAUUUUAAAACUAAAAAUUUUGAUGCAAAGUAGAAGAAGUACUAGAGAAUGAACAAGCAAAAAACAGCCAACACGGCUCUCUCUUUCCACCAACAUUAUUCCCCCUCUCUUCACCGUCAUCUUCUCCCCCAUCAAAACCCCAAAGCCAAAAGAAAUGCCUCCACCACAACAAUGAAGGAGAAACCAGAGAAUCCCUUUUCUCCUCCAAGCUUCUCGUCGGAAAAGAUGAGACCUUUACUUCUCUUCUGCUUCCUCUCCCUCCUCUCCCUCUUGCCCCGACCCGGAUCCGCCACCGACGCCCUGACCGCCGAUCAAUCCUUAGUCAACAACCAGACCCUCCUCUCCGCCGGCCAGAUUUUCGAGCUGGGCUUCUUCACCCCGGGGAAAUCCGGCAACUGGUACCUCGGUAUUUGGUACAGGAACAUCCCCGAGCGAACCUACGUCUGGGUCGCCAACAGAGACGACCCGAUCCGAAACCCUUCCGCCGCCGCCCUCCGAAUCGCCAACGGAACCCUCGUCCUCCUCCCCGACCAACGCGCCAACACCAAUCCCGUCUGGUCGGCGAACCGGACGGCGUCGGAAAACCCAGUCGCCCAGCUUCUCGACUCCGGGAACCUUGUCCUGAGGGAUCCGACCCAAUCGGGCCGGAUCCUAUGGCAGAGCUUCGAUUACCCGACGGACACUCUGCUUCCGGGGAUGAAAUUGGGCUGGGAUCUAACCGCCCGAUUCAACCGGUUUCUCAAUUCCUGGGCCGCACCCGAUAACCCAGGAACCGGGAAAUUCUCCUUCAAAUUAAACUACACCGGUUUCCCGGAAGUCUUCUUAUUCGAUUCGUCCAGCAUCGAGUACCGGAGCGGGCCGUGGAACGGGUUACGGUUCAGCGGCGUACCCGAAAUGCAACCCCUCAAUUACAUCUCCUUCGAAUUCGUCACCGCGAGCAGAGAGGUCUACUACUCGUUCCACGUGUCCUCCGACACGAUUUACUCACGACUGUCGGUCACCCCCGACGGGGUUCUCCGGCGGUACACGUGGAUCCCGGACAUUGGCCAGUGGAAGCCGUUCUGGUACGCGCCGAAGGACCAGUGCGACAGCUACAGGGAGUGUGGGGCCUACGGGAUAUGCGAUUCGAAUGCGUCGCCGGUCUGCAAGUGUAUGCGCGGGUUCCGGCCGAGGAACCCGGAGGCGUGGAAUUUGAGGGACGGGUCGGGCGGGUGCGCCCGGGAGACCGAUUUGGAUUGCCCGAGGGAUAAGUUUUUGAGGAUGAGGAACAUGAAGCUGCCGGAGAGCGCGGCGGCGGUGGUUGAUAGGGGAUUGGGGUUGAAGGAGUGUGGGGAAUUGUGCGCCGGGAACUGCUCGUGUACGGCGUACGCGAGCGCGAAUGUCUCCGGCGGCGGGUCGGGUUGCGUGGUUUGGUUCGGUGGGUUGGUGGAUAUGCGGCAGUACCCGGAAGGCGGGCAGGACCUCUAUGUUCGUUUGGCCGCUUCCGAUGUAGGCAAUGAUGGGACCAUGGGAGGAUUCAUUAUUGGGCUAUCAGUUGGACUUUGUGUCUUCCUCUUAUUGCUCAGUGGCUGCCUCGUGUGGAAAAGGAAGAGACUGAUUAGUGCUUUCCGGGGCCAGAAGAACGACCACAAAGUGAGAAGAUUGGGAUUGCCAGAAAGAAGUCAGGAUUUCAUGUUGAAUGAUGUCGUGAUCUCGAGCAAGAGGGAUUAUUCGGGCGAGAGGAACGUGGACGAGCUGGAGCUCCCGUUGUACGAUUUCGAGACAAUGGCGGUUGCCACGGGCAACUUCUCUGAUGAUAACAAGCUUGGUCAAGGUGGAUUUGGUGUUGUAUAUAAGGGUAGGUUGUUAGAAGUAGAAGGGCAAGAAGUAGCCGUGAAGAGGCUGUCGAGAAAUUCAGGGCAGGGAUCGGAGGAGUUCAAGAACGAGGUUAAACUGAUUGCGAAGCUUCAGCAUAGGAACUUGGUUCGACUCAUGGGUUGUUGCAUCGAGAUGGAUGAGAAGAUGCUCAUAUACGAGUACAUGGAGAAUAGAAGCUUGGACUCCAUCAUAUUCAGUAAAUCAAAGAGCAAGUUACUAAAUUGGGAAAGGCGGUUCAAUAUAAUCUGUGGGAUUGCCAGAGGACUUCUGUAUUUACACCAAGACUCCAGGUUCAGAAUCAUCCACAGAGAUCUCAAGGCAAGCAACAUUCUCUUGGAUGGGGAGUGGACUCCAAAGAUAUCCGAUUUCGGCAUGGCUAGAAUCUUUGGCAGCGAUCAGACAGAAGCCAACACCAGGAGAGUCGUAGGGACAUAUGGCUACAUGUCUCCGGAGUAUGCAAUGGACGGACUCUUCUCCAUCAAAUCGGACGUGUUCAGUUUUGGAGUUCUGGUGAUUGAGAUUGUGACGGGGAAGAAGAAUCGAGGGUUCUAUAAUCCCAACGACGAGCUUAACCUCCUCGGACAUUGCUGGAAGUUGUGGAAAGAAGGCAAAGGGCUGGAACUACUCGACGCAGCAGUUGGUAAUGUAUACUCGGCCUGUGAAGUUCUGAGGUGCAUUCAGGUUGGGUUGUUGUGCGUCCAGGAGCGAGCAGAAGACAGGCCGACGAUGGGAUCGGUGGUGCUGAUGCUCAACAGUGAGACAGCAACCAUGCCUCAGCCUAGAACACCAGGGUUUUGCGUUGGGAGGAGCCCUCUCGAAACUGACUCGUCGUCUGGGAAACAAGACGUGACUUUUACUGUUAACCAGGUUACAUGUACCAUGCUAGAUGCUCGGUGAGAAAAGGGAAGAAAGAAAGGAAAUUUAACUGGGUUGGUAUAAGUCUUCAUGUUCAAGAUGUUAAUGGCAGGCUGCUGAGAAUGGAGGGCUUCAGAGUUCAGAUCAUCUCUGGUAAUUCGUGGCGAAAAUGGUUGGUGCUUGUUGUUCAACGAUUUUGAAGGCGUAUUGAUGCUUGGGUGCAACAACUUAGGAAGGAGGGAUGAGGAAAAGCUUGCUUGGCAGCUUGGCAUGACCCUCAGAGUAAUCUGUAAAUCUCAUAUAUAAAGUUUGUUUUUCCUUCUUUUUUUAGAAGGAAACUUUGGAAGGAUUUAUAAUUUUUGUUGUUGUUUCGAUUGUGAAAGGGAAAAUUGUAUAUGGGUUUUGGUCUUUUGGGUUUUUAUUCUUUUCGUUUGGAGGGAUGAAGAUUUGUUGUUUCAUGGAAGCAUUUUGGUAUCAUUGUUUAACUUAUUGACGGGUUAAGCACUUCCACAGAUGAGGAACCUACAAAGUUCACACCAUCAAUCAAAAACAUUUAGUAGAUAGGAGCAAAAUGCAAGAAUAAACCUAGUACCACGUUCAAUACAAACCACAUAAACCUGGUACCACGUUCAAUACAAACCACAACCACGACAAAAUUUCUUGAUAUAACCUUAAUUAACGUCAUCCGCACGUGCAAAGACUUAAGAACAAUUUCGCUAAUGUAACAUUAACACCAUUUAUCAUACAUAUAAUUGUUCAAUCAUCCCUAAUUAUUAUUCAUGUCCUCCAAUGAAAAUUAAAAAUUCGU